AUCGUGUAAUAAGCUUUGUUCGGAUAUUAUACGUGCGCGCUCCAUAUAAUCAAAUAAAUACUUUCUAGAAGAUUCGGAUUCAAAGGAAAAUAGUUUCGUACGAAUUCAGUUAUCAACGGACGCCCUGUAUACUACAAAACUCAAAAUUAUUGAGGUUGUUGAAACCGUGUUCCUUGCCAUCACUUUGAAAACAACAUGAAGUGGAUUUUUCUCAAAACGUCUUUGUACCUGUUUCUAUUGAUCCUAUUGUGCGACUUUUCGAUUGCAAAACGUUCAUCAGGCGGACGUUCAAGAGUGAAAAGUAACGGCGGAUCUAGUUUGUGGAGCAGAAGAAAAAGCUCUUCGUCUCCGGGUACUGCCAGUGGUCAACACGAUGGCUCGCAUGGUACUGCCGAUCUACAACCUAAGACUGGUGGCUCUGCUGGAGCAUCACAUGCUACAAAAACUAAACCGUCUGCACCAGUCGAGUCACAAUACAAUAGAAAACAAACAUCGCAAUAUCAACAAAGCGCAGUUAAUCAACAAAACGCGCCAAUCGGCUGGAAUGUUCCAGGGCAAGCAAAUAACAACUAUGUAAAGAAAGAUACCAGUGCUGCAAAUGCACAAAGAAAUCCUGUAUGGAACUCACCGUCAAGCCCUGGAAAACAACAAAAUGCACCUGGCGUUGGCUGGAAUAGUCCAGGACUACCUGGAAACAAUUAUGCGAAAAAGGAUGCGAACGUUGCAAAUUCUCCUUCAAAGGGUUGGGCUUCUGGAUAUCAAUCCCAAGGACCGAAACGUGACGAAGGACUAGUGAAAAAACAAACGGCAGGUGUCCAGCAAUCGAAUCCUCAUCAAGCACAACCCCCGCAGCCUGGAUGGAACGUUGGCGGACAAAAUAAUGCUCCAAAUGCUAAUUCUGGUUGGAAAUCGGGUUACCAAACAAACGGAGCUCCACCGGCCUAUCCACAUCAUAACGCUGCCCCUCCAGGUUAUAAUGGACAAACCAGUUGGGGUGCACCUCCUGCGUAUCCAGGGCAUGGUGCUCCUGGAGGUUAUAAUGGAUUUGGCCACCAGCAACCAAGUGGUUAUGGAGGCUAUGGGGGACAUGGAGGUGGUUAUGGAGGCUAUGGAGGACAUGGAGGUGGAUAUGGAGGCGGAUAUCAUCCACAGCAAUCUAUGGGAGGAUAUAAUCCCGGUUAUGGAGGUAUGGCCAUGGGAGGAUAUGGCGGUGGCUUCGGAGGUGGCGGCUUCGGAGGUGGAGGCUUUGGAUCUCCAUCAUUUGGAGGCGGUGCUUAUCCCAUGCAAAAGAAGAGUUUCUUCAGUGCUAGUACCAUUGGCAGUGUUGUUGCUGGGAUGUUAGUUUACAACAUGGCUUCAAGUCUUAUCAGUCAUGGUUUGGGGCAAAAACGACCCUACAAUGUUGUUAACUAUUAUAAUCAAGAACCUGGUAAACCAGCGGAAGAAAUAAAAUUGCCGGCAAAUGUGCUAACCCUAUGCGAUGCCAAUGUAAACCAAAUGUGUGGCCAAGGAACUCAAUCUGUCUGUACUCAAAACGGCACAGUCCUCUGCGUAGCUACCAUGAACCAAGCAACCCCAUGUGACCAAGGUGGUAACUCAGCCCUAUGCAUUAACACGACAGUACCUUGCGCAGACGCUAAUGAUCCAUUGUGUCAAAACUCUACACAAAAAGAUAAGCUCCAAGCUGAAGUUAACGUGCCUUGUUUCACCAACUUAACAUUGGACGUAAAUCUAGUAGAUAAAGACAAAACUAUGCCAAAUACCAAAUAUACGUACUGUGUGACCACAAUGGCUGUCGCAGGUCCUGAUUAUAAGUUGUGUGAAGAACUAAAACAUUCGAAUGAUUAUAGGAGCGUUUUGAAUGGGAACCAUGAAUGGCUUUUGGAAACUGAUGGCUUCAAACGCAACUACUCCAUUUAUAACUUUGAAAAGCCUAUGGAAAGUAAUGGGGAAAUAAAUAUGCCAGUUACAGUGCUAGUAAAAUGUACUGACCAAGCGAAAAAUCUGUGCCCACCAGGAGCAAUAGCAACGUGUACAUCUUUUAAUGAAGUCAUGUGCAUGGCCUCUACUAAGGAUGUCCAAGAAUGUCCAGAAAAAAAUACCACAUGCUUGAAGAGCUCCAUACCAUGCCCAGAAGAAAGCAAAGACAGCUUUUGCCAAUCCAAAACCGAAGGGGCUGACAAAAUUGAUUUAGAUAUUCCAUGUUUCGCUAAUGUAACCUUCAACGCUCCAUUCCCUAAAUUCGAAUUGGCUGAAUUCAAUGGCACCCUUCCAGAUUUGACAGCAACGUCGAGUUACACCUAUAAUUUCCAUUAUUGCGUGAUGACGCUAGCUUUGCCUGGAUCCGAUUUUGAUUUGUGUAUCACCAAAGAAGCCAAAGAGAAGCAGGAAAAGGGGCAAGCAUGAGUAAUAUAAAUAAUUUUGUUUCUGUGUAUAUUAUUGUUUAUAUAUUUAGAUUAGAUUUCGAUAUUUUAGCAAGAAUGAUAAUUAGGUGUCUUAUUUUUGGAUGCGUACCUACGUUUUAAAUAUACUGCUCCACAGGAGUUAAGGAUAUAGAUGCUUUCUGUGAAAAAAGCAUAUAUUAUGUAUUAGGUACAUUGCAUUAUUACCAAAUACCGAAGCCAAUUUUUUUUUCACUUUUUUCUUCUACGCUUUUCAAAAAAAAAUGUUAAUUUAUUUUACUAAAGUUUAUACAUUUUUACGCAAAAAAUAUAUGUAUUAUGUAUACUUUGUUGUUUUUACAAAGAAAGCUUCAAUUUUUAACUCUUAUGGAUGGAGCAGUUUAUAUUUCACUAAAUAUACUUAUAUGUACAAAUAUUUUUGAAAGAUCCUUUUUUUCCCCCUUUGGACGUUUACAUUAAGUAUCUAGAAAC